UAUGUUACUGUGGGAGCACCUCUCGAGAAGUGUUAUGUGGAGCAAGUGAAGAUUGGUUUUCAUGCCUGAGAACUUGUGGGAAAAAAUUAUCCUGUGGAAUGCAUAGCUGUGAACAAGUGUGCCAUCCGCAGCCCUGCCAGCCUUGCCCACGGCUUCCACAAAUAGUGCACUGUUGUCCUUGUGGACAGACUUCUCUUAGUAAAUUACUAGAGUUGGGGUGCCCGGAACGUAAACUCUGUACAGAUCCUAUCCCAUCAUGUGGAAGAACGUGUGGAAAGCCUUUACCUUGUAGUAGCUAUGAUGCUGUGCAUACAUGUGAAAAUCUCUGCCAUGAAGGUGAAUGUGGGCAGUGUUCUCGCACAUCAAAGAUCUACUGCAGAUGUGCCUUAAAAUUAAAGGAAGUUCCAUGUGCCUCUCUCAAAAAUCAAGUAUAUCAUUCCUGUCACAGUGAAGAUAAAUGUCCACCAUGUACAUACCUUGUUCAGAAAUGGUGUAUGGGAAGACAUGAAAAUAGCUGCAAUAUCGAUUGCCUCUAAAUUAACAGAUCCCCAACUUGGAGAUUCAGUAGAGAUAAGUAGAUUGAUUACCAAAAAAGAAAUGAAGCAAACCAGGUUGCAGUGUGAUGAAGAAUGCUUGGCUCUUGAAAGAAACAGACGGUUUGCCGAGGCUCUUCACAUAGAUGACAAUUCUGAUCCAUUCAAUGUUCGUUCCUCUGCACCCAAGUACAGUGAGGUUUUGAAAGAGGAUGGAAGAAAAGAUUUAAAGUUUGUCAGUGAAGUUGAGAAAGAAAUGAAAGCUCUUAUAGAAGCAGUCAAUAAGAGCAAGCACACAAAGAAGAGUCAUUGUUUUCCACCCAUGAACCGAGAACACCGUAGAAUCAUCCAUGAACUUGCUCAGGCUUACGGCAUUGAGAGUGUGAGCUAUGAUAACGAACCAAAGCGCAAUGUUGUUAUCAGUGCGGUGAAGCCUGGGAAUAGCAGCACAGAGAGACGGUUCAAAGAAGAGACCGUUAUUGACUAUUUUGAUGUACAAGACUGAUGAGAUUAACAUGGAAUUGCACUGUUGAAAAUUGGAAAUGAAAUUACAAAUGUGUUCAGGAUAUUUUUUGUCAAAAUAUAUUGUUUUAUAUAUUUGAAGUUUAUCAUGUAAACAGCAGAGGAAAAAAAAGAUUCAUCAUUUUUAAAUAAGGCAAGGUUACAACUAUUUGUGAUUGAAUAAUUUAAAUGGGAUCUAGUCACAAUUAUAUAUAUAUAUGCAUCUACAGUCAGCUUCUUAUGUAAACCAUUGAGUGCUUAAUCAGAGGUAUGUAAAGAAUUCCUGGUGCAACUUAGAAUCUCAUCUAUGUUGUAUGUAGAUCUCAAGGAUCGGGAGUAGUACCAGCAAGCAUCACCUAUUCUACCUCUCUUGAAGGCAUAAAUAUGUGUGGGGAAAACUUUAAAAAAGAACUAGUAUAAAAAAAAAAUUCAGCAGAAACCUUACAGGGAUUAUUAAUAAAGUAUAAGUGACAAUUCUGAUUAUAUUUGUAAACUGAGAUGAACUGCUAAAAGACUACAGUUAAAAUCAUAAUAUUACACAAAAUAUUCCCAUAAGAAUUUCAGAUGCAUGUUGUUAGUAACAAUGGAAUCGAUGAUCAAGAAAAUGGCACAAUUUGUUUCUAAACUUUGGUGGCCUUUUUCAUCACUCUUUCUUUUAACUGCAAGACCCUUUCAAGAUUGUGAUUGUGCAGUAAGGAAUUAAUUUUGUGGUUCUUUUAAUUUGACAACACUAUAAUUCCUAGCAACUCAAGGCAACAUAGUGGUAAAGGAAGUACUGGAGCACAAUAGAUUUUCUGUCCCUUGUAUGGUUCAUUUUUGUAAAUUUAUACAUUUGGGGUGAUAAUUUGUUUUUGUUUUUUCUUCAGUUAACAGUAGCAUAUAUGAUUAUGUUUGACUAUGGUGAUAAUGCUACUUUGUUUAAAUUAGUAAUUCUUACCACAUAAAGAAAUUAUGGGUAACUAUGAAUGAAGUGGUGGUGGAAGAUUUGUCAAUGGCAUUCUGCUUCUGGAGAGCUAAAAUUUUCCUUAAUAUCUUCCCUCUGUUUAAUCUUUCCUGUGCGAGAAAUUUCUGAUGUCAAAAGUAUGUUAUCAGGCUACCACCAAAUGUGGAAGAAUAUUAUAUGAGGUAAGGUAAGUUGGUUACCUUGAUUUUAUAAAUUGGUAGCCUGUUUUCCACAAAAUAUCUCUGACACCUUAUUUCACGUAGGAUAUCCUGACCUUUUCUGGAUUAUAGCUUUUGCUCAUUAAUACUUUGCAAAUAUAUUGAUUUCUGGUUUAUUUUUCAAUGAGGAUUUAUUUAUCUAUUUAGCAUAUGGCAUUCAAAGAGGAAAAUAAUAAACAAGCGUUUUUUAUGGCUUGAAAACUAACAC